AUGGCUGUUGCAGGGCAGUCUAGGACUGUAUUUGGAGCUGUGCUCUUCUGGGGGUUUCUUGGUCCCAUUGCUUUGAUUGUGGGGGCUCAGGGUAGUGUUUUUUCUGAUCCCACCCUGCUGGCUUGUGGUCAAGAAAGCCUGCAGUUCACCUUACCUCCAGGCUGGGAAGGGAAUGCUUCCUUUGUGCUGACUACUUGGGAUACUGAGGGGAAGGCGUAUGCUCUGCAGAAUGACUCUGACUGUGGGCUCUCAGUAUCUGGGACUCCAGAUGGCUCCAGGAAAGUAUUGGUCUCCUAUACUGGCUGUUAUGUCUUUGAAUGGGAUGGCAGUUACCUCAUGCUGGUUGGGCUUGAAGGAACAGAUGCUGCUGGACAGAAAGUUCUUCACAAAGAGAAGCUGCUCAGGUGUCCUGUGGACCUUCCUGCCCUGGAUGCUCCAAGCAGUAGUGUCUGUUCUGCUGUCCUCAGUCAAGACCGGCUGCCAUGUGCCUCCUUGCCUAUCACCCAGGGAGACUGUGAAGUGCGAGGCUGCUGCUAUGACCCUAGGGACAGGGUGAAGCCUUGUUACUUUGGUAACACAGUGACAGCUCAUUGCACACCAGAUGGCCGGUUUUCCAUUGCUGUCUCUCGGGAUGUGACCCUGCCACCUGUUAUCCUGGACUCCGUGCAACUGGCCAGUGGACACAGUACUGGCUGUGUCCCUGUUGUGAAAAACAAUGCCUUUCUUGUGUACCAGUUCCCACUCUCUGCCUGUGGCACCACUUUUCAGGUGACUGGAGACCAGGCCAUAUAUGAGAAUGAGUUGGUGGCAGCCAGGGAUGUGAAGACUGGGAGCCUUGGUUCUGUCACUAGGGAUAGCACUUUCAGGUUACAUGUCCGCUGUAGUUACUCCAUCACUGGGAGCUUCAUUCCCUUGAGUGUUCAGGUCUUCACAUUGCCACCACUGCCUGCUGUGUCCCAGCCAGGUCCUUUGUCCUUGGACCUGCGUGUUGCCUUGGAUGGAAGCUAUACUUCCUACUACUCUGACAGUGACUAUCCUGUUGUGAAGACUCUGAGAGACCCUGUUUAUGCAGAAGUCAAGAUCCUUCAGAGAACAGAUCCAGACUUGGUUUUGGUCCUGCACCACUGCUGGGCCACACCAAGUAUCAAUCCCCAGCAACAGCUGCAGUGGCCUGUUUUGGUGGAUGGGUGCCCUUAUGCAGGGGACAACUAUCAGACACAUAUGGUGCCUCUGAGUCUUGCCUCGGGACUACUGUUCCCAUCUCAUUACCAGCGUUUCACCCUUUACACGUUCACCUUUGUGGACUCCGCUUCCAAAGAGAUGCUCUCUGGGCUG